AUGUUUGAACUCCAUCUCUCGCUCUCUUCUCUCCAAGUGCAACCACAAUCCAGCUCGGAGUCAGUUGUCUGCCUGUGUCAUGGAAAAGAAGACUUUCACAAUGGCAUCAAAGCAGUCGCGUCGCUUAUGAAGAUGCUGGUGACAUGUUGGAAGGGAUCACCCAAGUAUGACAACGCCUCAGUGACAGCCCUAACCCCAGGGCGGUCGAAGCCACCUGAAACCGAGCCCUUUCAUUCUCGUCCUCCACCUCUGACUUCCCAUUGGUCGACUGUGUCAGACUCCAGCGGGACAGACGGCGUGUUCCCAAGCCCCUCCCAGGACUAUACAGGAGGAGAGUGGACUGACAACUGCGCAUAUUACAGGAAUAGAGCCCUGCAGAAUAACAUGCCCCAAGAGUCUUACGGUGCCAUUUGA